AUGAUUUCUUCCUUUUACUGUUAUUGUUCCAAUAAUUGUUUUACCAAUUUUACAUUUAAAAAUUUUAAAUAAAUUACUGUAGUUUUUUAUAACAUUUUGAGUGUUUGUAUGUUAAUAAUUAAAUCAAUUAUCUUUUCUAACUCAAAAUAUAAAAAAGAAAGAUAUUAAAUGAUGAUACUCGAAUAAUUAUCAACAUACAUUAAAUUUUAACGACCGUCGAAGAAGUAAAAUUGUUUUCGUAUCGUCAAAAACUACAAUUGUUUCAGUUAAAUAUGUCUUUGCAAGAUUUAGUUGAAGGUGAUUGCGGUGGUUCAAACUCAUUAGUUCAAUUGUCAUCUCAUUUUGUUCAAGACCAUGGAUUGAAAGAUCAAGAUCUUAGACAAGCAAGCCAGUCUGAUCAGAAUGUAACUCAAAGUUUUUUAAGUGCCACUACAGGAGAACUUGCAGAUCAAUUCUUUAGCUCUGAAGAAUCUGACACAUUCAAAAUGGAUAAUAUACUGGCAGAAAUGAGAAAUGCCGAAAUGAAUUUUUGUAUUCAAGAAGACCCUUGGCCAGAACAACUAGCUAAAGAAAUCAAAAAUAAUGACUACUUGUAUGAUCCAAACAUUUGGAGUUCAACAGAAAACAAAAUGUUGGUAAAAGAUGAUGUUUAUGAAUACGGUUAUGCUCCUGAAUGGGUAAAAGAAUUAGAAUCGUCCCAUAAUGAGAGUAAUGCUUUGAAAUCACAAUCUGAUUUUGAAAAAAAUGGUGAAAAUGAAAGUAAAUAUGAUACAAAUUUUACUGAUUCUGUACUACAUGAUGAUUUAAAUUUGGAUUCAUACAGUGAAAUGAUGAUGAACAGCAUUAAUUGUAUGGCUGGCCAAUACAAUGAGCCACUUAGAGACUCAUUAUUUGCAUAUAGAAAUUUUCAACAAAAUGUAUUUAAUGACUUAAAUCAUCAAGUUUUGGAAUUUAAUCCAUCUGAUGAAUUAGUUACUGGUUCAUCAAGUUUGAAAAGUUCUAUAUCUGCUAUUGGACAACCAAUAUUAGCUAAUGAAAUAUUAGAAAAUACAACAGAGACUACUAAUAAUGAAGACAUUGAUAGAUUUUUAAAUGAAACAAACAAUUUUCAGUCAUGGUACUCUGAGUAUGAAGAAAUGAAAAAUGCUGAAAAAGCUCAAGAAUAUGCCUUUAAUUCUGACAAUGAAAUGGAGUCCAUUGAAAAUCCAUUGGCUGAAGGCAAACGUCGUUUAGAAGCAGGUGAAUUGCCUAUUGCAGUUUUGUGUUUUGAAGCAGCUGUAAAACAUGACAUGUCUAAUGCAGAAGCUUGGCAACUUUUAGGUACUACUCAAGCUGAAAAUGAACAAGAUAAUUUGGCAAUAAGUGCACUUAAUAAAUGUUUAGAACUGGAACCAAACAACUUAACAGCUAUACUUUGUUUGGCUGCUUGUUACACAAAUGAGAGCUGUAAUUUACAAGCAUGUAGAACCCUCAAGGAAUGGUUAAAUCAAAACCCAAAAUAUACGGAUAUUGUCAAAUCUAAACCAAUACUAGAUGAAUCCAAUGUGAUGAAAUAUUUAUUUACUACACAAUUGUAUGAGUCAAUUAAAGAUAUGUACAUUGAAGCAGCUCAGAGAAGUGUAGAAACAGGGUACAUUGAUGCAGAUGUUCAAAAUGGAUUAGGAGUAUUGCUUAAUCUUAACAACGAAAAUGAUAAAGCAGUUGAUUGUUUCAAAGCUGCUCUUCAAAUAAAACCUGAAGAUGCUCGUUUAUGGAAUCGACUCGGAGCAACAUUAGCUAAUGGGGGUCGAUGUGAAGAGGCUAUUGAAGCAUAUCGAAAUGCAUUGGAAUUAUGUCCUGGAUUUGUUAGAGCUCGUUACAAUUUAGGAAUUACUUGUAUUCAUCUUGAUACAUAUAAAGAAGCAAUUGAACACUUACUAGAAGCUCUAAACCAACAAGCAUCAGCUAUAAGUACUAAUUCGCAAAGUCCAGCUCUAUCCGAAACAAUUUGGAGUACAUUACGUUUAGCUAUAUCUAUGUCUGAACGAUCUGAACUUCUUAAAGCUGUGAAUGACAGAAACUUAAAUUUAUUAAAUGAAGAAUUCAAUUAUCAAGGAUCAACAGAAAGUACAACAAUUUAAUCCUUUUGACAUUCUUUUUAAUAUAUAGUUUUUCUAUUUUGUUUUGUUUUAUCUUAGUUAUGAUUUAUUAUACUUUAUUGAUGGUUAUGGUCAAUUUGUUCAUAAUUCUUAAUUUGUAUAACUUUGAUAA